UCUUGUGCGUUCUUUAGGGAUUCUUUAUUACUCCCUAUUUUAGAGUUUGAUCAUAUGUAGAAUUUGAAGGUUGGGAAUUGUUAUUGAAAUAGCUUAGCAAUACAGAUAUGGAUAGAAAUCACAAGAACUACCCAGAUUGCAAAGUUGGAAGAGCUAAGAUGGUUCACAAUGAAGUAUCUAAGGGAUGUUCGAACAAAAUAAUUAUAGUUGGAGUGGAAGCUGGUGUUGUUGCCUUGACAGCUGUUGCAGCUAUUGUCCUUGUGUCUGUCCAUUUUGGACCAAAAAUUACAACAGAAGCAUACAAGGUUGUGCAUCAAACAUUCAAAUCUGACGAAGGGGACGUAUUUGAGGAGGAGAUUAAUGUAACAAAAACAGAGGUUGACGUGCGGAUUUCUAAUAUGGCAGAUGUCAUCUAUGAUUACGAACAUGGCAUAGUUGUUACACGAUUUGUUGAUAGGGAGAGUAAUACUCAAAGCGAAUGUAUUGCACAGCAUAUGAAUGAGACCGAAGCUCCAAGUCUUGACCCUAACGAGUAUUCAAAUGGAGAGGUUGACAUUCACCAAAAAAAGGAUAACGAGGCUGACAAGCAAGAGUGGGUAAGGACAGAUACUGAGGUUCCGCAAUAUCUGGUUUCUGAAAAGGUUGAAGGAAUGUGCAGGGGAACGAAAAUAUAUUGGAUGAAAAAGGUACAAAGACAGAGUGACGUUGUGGAGAAACGACAAACAUGUACUUCCUAUUUCCGAUAUGCUGUUUGCAUUCUCUUGUCAUACACGCGCAUGUAUAUAUGUGACUUCAGAGUAUACUGUACACAAACAGGACGUCUUGGUUGAACAUAUUACGCUUAUGGAUGCACCGUAGGCUGUGUCCCGUUGCUUUCAAAUUCAAUAUGUCCAUAUGGAAACAAAUAAAAUCAUCAUUCCUCUCACUCCUAAAAUGUUUCCUUUCAUAAUAUUUCAACUCUUGUGAUUUGCAAUUAAACAUAACGUAUUUAUUUGAUUGACUCCUAAACACCAUGUGACAUACUCUUUGGAACUGAUAACGGUAUGUUAAAUAUUAAAUAGGAAUUUAUUUAAAUAUAUUAGGAAUUAUAUGAUAAUUAUUCAAGUAUGUUUCAAUGAUGAUUUCUUUGAUUUUCAGAAAGUUUAACCCUUUA